GAAAUCAUGGAAUACAGCGUCCAUCUUUGCUUGGGGUGAACGCCCCUUAUUUUUUGCCCCCUUGAAUCUGGCAGUAUUUCCAUCCCUUUCUAAUUGCCAGCCUGUUUAUUCUAUCUCUCCUUUCCUCAUCCCACGAUGGAAGGCGUCGUAUCUACACCAGGCACCGUCGGUGUCGUGGCAAGUAAGGAAGCCGGUCAACCGCCAGAAUAUGCCCCAGACGAACACGAUCCACGGCGGUCGGCCGUAGAAGGCGGAAGCGGCCAGGAAGAUGCCCAGUACCAGUCCAUCGUCCCCCGGCCCAAGGACGCAAUACCACCGCCCGGCAAAGUGGGGACAUCGCCCCCAUCGCCUUCGUCACCACGGAGGGCGUCGAGAGAACGCCACCACCGCGACAGCGCCGGCAGCGACCUGAUCGAGCGCCGGCGGUCGAGGUCGUCGACGACCAGCAGCGCCGCGGCGCACAAGGAGCGGCGCGCGGACCCUCGGCUGGACGUGAACCUGCCGUACCGGACGCUGACGGCCGACGCCAACUUUGACGAGUUCACGACCGAGAACCCGGCCGGCAAGAUCCCCGGUCCCGAGUCGCGCCGGGGCCCCGACGGCCGCCCCUACAGGCUCGUGACGUUCGUGCCGGGCGACCCCGAGAACCCCAAGAACUGGUCCCGGGCCUACAAGUGGUACGCCACCAUGAUCGUGGCCGCCACCUGCUUCGUCGUCGCGUUCGCGUCGAGCGUCAUCACGGCCGACAUCGCCGGCAUGGCCGAGGAGUUUGGUGUUGGCCAGGAGGUGGCGCUGGUCAGCAUUACCGUCUUUGUCGUCGGUUUUGGUGUUGGUCCCAUGAUCUUUGCGCCGCUGUCUGAGAUUUACGGUAGACGCAUCAUCUACGGCUCGACCCUCCUCGUGGCCGUCAUCUUCAUCAUCCCGUGCGCACUCGCGACCAACAUCGAGACGCUGCUGGUCUGCCGCGCCAUCGACGGCAUCGCCUUCUCGGCGCCCAUGACGCUCGUGGGCGGCACGCUCGCCGAUUUAUGGCCCAACUCGGAGCGCGGCGUGCCCAUGGCCGCCUUCAGCGCCGCGCCCUUCAUCGGCCCGGCCGUCGGGCCCCUCGUCGGCGGCUACCUGGCCGACGCGACGAGCUGGCGGUGGCUGUACUGGAUCCAGCUCGUCCUCGCGGGGGUCGUGUGGGUUCUGAUCACCUUCACCGUGCCCGAGACGUACGCGCCCACGAUCCUGGCGCGCCGCGCGGGCAGGCUAAGGCGCGAGACGGGCGAGCGCGGCCACGUCACGGAGCAGGACCUGGACAUGCGGCCGGCGGGCGAGCGGCUGGGCGUCUUCCUCGUCAGGCCGUUCCAGCUGCUGUUUGGCGAGCUGAUUGUGUUUUUGAUCUCGCUGUACAUGAGCGUCUUGUACGGCCUGUUGUACAUGUUCUUUAUUGCGUUUCCGAUCAUAUACCAAAAGGGCAAAGGCUUCACAGCUGGACAGACGGGUCUCAUGUUCAUCCCGUGCGCCAUAGGCGUCCUCAUCUCUGCCUUCUGCGCGCCGUUCGUCAACAACCACUACCUCAAGCUGGUGCGCAGGCACAGCGGCAAGCCGCCGGCCGAGGCGCGGCUGAUCCCCAUGAUGUGCAGCUGCUGGUUCAUCCCGGCGGGGCUCUUCAUCUUCGCCUGGAGCUCGUACCCGCAGCUCUCGUGGGCGGGACCGGCCAUGGGCGGAUUCUGCGUGGGGUUCGGGUUCAUCUUCCUGUACAACUCGGCCAACAACUACCUGGUGGACUCGUACCAGCACCAGGCCGCGUCGGCGCUGGCCGCCAAGACCUUCAUCCGCAGCUUCUGGGGCGCCGCCGUCGUGCUCUUCACCGAGCAGAUGUACGACCGCCUGGGCGACCAGUGGGCCUCGACGCUCAUUGCCCUCAUCAGUGUCGCCUGCUGCGCCAUCCCGUUCCUGUUCUGGCGCUACGGCGCCGCCAUCCGCCGUCGGAGCAAGUUUGCCUACGGCGGUGAUGACGAUGAGGUCGAGGAGGGGCACAUGUCGUCGUCGUCGGACGCGGAUGUGGAGAAGGGCAAGACCGCGGCCGCGCAGGAGCCGGCUAGGGACAUGGAGGAUCUGAGGAGGGCGCAGAGCUAUGUCAGUAACCCUUGAGCAGCUCGAGGGGCUGGCUGGACGGCGAUGGACGCGUAAAGGAUGGGGUUUCGGCGAUUAUGUCAGUCUCCUUUCAGGUGGGGGUAGAGGUAAAAGAGGGGAGGAGAGCUCGAUAUUAAUUAAUAGACGAUAGAUUUUUUGCGAGGAUACGGAGGAAAAUAUAAAGUAGAACCGAUCACUUGUCGGAGCUAAAGCAACAUGAGGGUUAUUGCGCAAACGUAGCCCCUGAAUCGCACAGUGUUUGGUGUGCAGGCU